AUGGUCAGGUUAAAGAAUAGAUACCUCUUGGUAAACAUUCUAUAUCCCGAGGCCACAGCCUUACCAUCGUCGAAAGUGCCCGACGUUGUCGCCUUCAACCAGCCCACGACCGACGACCUCACGCCGCAGCUUCUCAUAAAAGCAAUUAGAGAAGCAGUACUCGAACUAUUCGGAGAUUAUGGCUCCGGGGCGAUAGCAGGGAGUUUGAUGGUUAAAUAUUUGUCGCCUGCCACCUCGACGUUUAUUAUACGAGUUACAAGGGCGCAUUACAGAAUUGCUUGGGCAGCACUGUCGAUGAUGAAUAUGGUUCCGGUCAAGGAUGGCAAGAAAUGCGUAUACCGUGUUGUCAGAGUCAGCGGCACAAUCCGUAAGGCUGAGGAAGAAGCUAUUCGCCGCGCACGAGAAAUGAUGCUCAGAGCGAAGCGGGAGCUUGGAGAUCAGAGCGCAGCCACGUUAGAGAGCAUCCUUGGGAAGCCGAAAGAUAAUAGGCCGGUAGCUGUCGACUCGGAAGUUCUUAUGCUUGAUGCGAGUGACGACGACCCUGUGGAUUGCAACAGCGAUGAAGACGGUUGA